AUGAACGAUCAAGAUUAUUCAACAAAGGAAGGCGCCGUUAAAGAUGAAUUCUACAUACAAAAUAUAGAACACGGAGAUGAAGAGUAUGAUCCUAGAAAAGAUUAUGAUGUUAGCGAACCCGUGGACUUGAAUCCAAAUCAAGUUGAUCUACAUGAAUUACGUGAAUCUACAAAGGCUAUCGCUCAGACCGAAGGAUUUUAUGAUGAAGGUGGAGAUUCAGGUCCUGCUAUAACCGAUGAUUCAGAUACUUCAAGAAAAUUAUCAUCGCUUGUUGCGGCCUCUCAUCGAGAAGAAAGAAGGCCGGAGGAUAAACAAAAAAGUGCGAUGAAGGCAUCCGAAAUGCAUGAAAACAUCACUGGACAUCCCUUGGAAAUUAAUGAUCAAGGGGAAGUAGUCACUGAUACCUGA